AUGGCCCAAGCAGCCUUGGAACCCUCUCCAACCUUCACCACAUCAUACCUCCAGAUCGACCCUUCCCCAACAGACCACCACUCUUCCUGGUUAGAACAUCCUCCAGACGGUACUAAUAUUGUCAUCAAUAUCAGUAGCAAUGGGGGCUCGACCGGAAAGGGAAUCCUCAUUGGAAUGCUCUCAGCUUUUGGCUCGGCCGCCUUCGUCGUCCUUAUCUUUGCUAUAUUCUACUUCUUCAGGUAUACCAGUCGGGGAAGGAUCUUCUUAGAUCGAAUAGGGAGGCCGGGUGAAUAUGAUGAUGAACAAAUGUUUGCAAAAGAAGAGGCGGACGCUUUGGACGAGAUGGAUGACAUACAACGAGCGGAAUAUUUAAGAGCUAAAGCAUUUGUCCAAGCGAAUCCACCCGAGACUCUCCCAACAGACAUCUCACUUUCUCAAUUCCUUGCCAUUCAAGAGAAGGGCGUUUCGGCCUGGGAAUUCGAGCCCGAACUAGAGAUCGCCAAUUGCUUUGUUGAAGCGAGGACCGAAAUCGAAUUCUUCGACUCAGAAUGCAGUGUACAGAGCAACCUGCCAAUACCAAAGCAAAAUGAAGUAUAUUACUGGGAGGCAAAAAUGUACGAUAAGCCUGAGUCUUCAACCGUGAACGUUGGAGUAUCUACGAAGCCAUACCCUCUCUUCAGACUACCAGGCUACCACAAAUCUUCCAUAGCCUAUACUUCCCCUGGCGCCCGCCGCUACAAUCAGCCCUUCAGACCUACCCCCUUCGGUCCCUCAUACGUCCAAGGUGACGUGGUCGGCGUGGGCUACCGGCCUCGCACAGGGAGUAUUUUUUUCACACGCAACGGCAAAAAACUCGACGACGUUGCGCACGGGCUCAAAUCUCAAAAUUUCUUUCCAACCGUUGGUGCUAAUGGCCCAUGCACCGUCCACGUCAAUUUUGGCCAAAGCGGCUUUGUUUUCAUUGAGGCGAAUGUGAAAAAAUGGGGCCUGGCUCCGAUGACUGGUAGUUUAGCGCCUCCGCCGCCGUAUGGGAGCGAGCAAGGCAGUAUUUUGCUGGAGGCGGGUAGGGAAGCGAAUGCGCAAUGGGGCCAGAGCCAUUACGAGCAGCCGGCUCCUCACAACCUCUAUGGAAAUAUUGGACAAGGUCACGGCCGCUCGAGGAGUGGGCAGAUCAGGAUCGCGCCCCCUGUGAGCCCAGGACCCGAACGAUCCCCAACUGAGAUCUCGCUUGCGCAAUUAGCACAUAUACCGUCAAUUGAAGAUGUAGGCGAGGGAACCAGUAGGAGCGCUGAACACUAUUUCCAUUCCUCGGAGGAAGGUGGUGCUGGCGGGCCUGGACUCGUGGAACGCUAUUCCACUGAAGAGUUUGAGCAGCCGCCACCAGAGUACACGAGUCCAGCAGGGAGUUUGAGGGGUACGAGGAGAUGGGACGGGAAUAGAAGGGAUGGGAAUGAGUAUGAGGGGGAGGAUGAUGAGUUCGAUGAAGAUAGAGAAGAAGAAGAAGAAGACGCGGAAGAAGAUAGGGAGCAUGCAAACGAUGCAGAUGAUGAGGACGGAUCAGGCGAGGACAGUGAAUUGCUGAGGAGAAGAAGAACCAGGGAUAGGGAUAGCACGCCCAUCCCAAGUUAUGAUGCUGCUGUCAGGAAUGGGAGGUGA